AUGGAUCGAGACACGUACAGGAUUUCGGUGUUGAUAUUUGGGAUGUACGUUGCAGCGAUAACGUUGACGAUGUACAAUAAGUGGAUGUUCGAUCCCAAUAGGACUCUACAUAUAGCAUACCCGUUGUUUGUCACGUCAACCCAUCAGGCACAACUAUGGGUAAUAUCAUACAUAUAUCUCAGAUGGAAGGGCCACCUAACACCGCAGAACCUAAACCAUGGAGAUUGGAAAUACUAUCUUAAAUAUAUCAUACCUACAGCAAUUGCUACUGCGGGAGACAUCGGGUUGGGAAAUAUAUCAUUCAAGUAUGUUCCGUUUACAGUAUACACGAUUGUGAAAUCGUCCACCAUUGCAUUCGUCUUGUUCUUUGGAUGUUUAUUCAAGGUCGAGGUUCCAUCAUGGAGGCUCUUUGCGAUAGUGUUGACGAUGUUCAUCGGUGUGGUACUAAUGGGGCUUAAACCUGUGAAUGGCCAUGGCGGAGGAGACACAUCAUCAACUUCCGGAUCCGGCAGCGAAACCUUGGGUGUGAUUCUCGUUGUCAUCAGUUCCGCAUUGGGUGGCUUCAGAUGGGUGUACGUGCAAGUGAUACUCAACCACAAGAAAAACACCUUCUUGGCACCACCAAGCGACAAUGAAAUGGUCGACAUCAGCAAGCGCACCACGAAGAAGAACCCUGUAAUCACCCUUCACCAACUAGCACUUCCGAUGAGCAUAAUGCUCUUCACUACCUCCUUACUUAUCGAAAGGCCAUUCCCAGGUAUAUUCAAAUCAGAAUUGAUGCAAUGGGAAAACCACUCUACACCAAUAACCCUUCUACGCGGGGCCGGACUUCUCAUACUACCCAGCUUCCUAGUCUUUAUGCUAACGAUAUGCGAGUUUGGCAUCCUACAAAUCGCCCCAGUGCUCACCCUCAGCAUCACAGGCAUCAUCAAGGAGUUGUUCACCGUGUUUCUAGGAAUGCUCGUGUUCAAGGAAACGCUAGGCCUCUACAACUGGAUGGGCAUGGCCGUCGUGCUCGUUGACGUGUGCUACUACAAUUACUACAGGUUCAAACAAAGAAUUCAGUCAGACGCGCUACCGGGAGACUACAAUCCAGUAGCAGCAGACGAACUACCGGAAACCAAGCCACUGCCAGGCAAUUCGGAGCUCGAACAACCAUCCAUCGAUAACGGCAGCGGUGACUCCGCCACAGCAUGGGAAAUGGACUUCGAACUAGAGUCGAUGCACUCGAAAUUAUCAGACAACGAACCGACCACCAUCACCGAACAAACCCAGACCCACGUCAGGAACGAUUGA